AUGCGUCUCAACCCGAUCAGCUCUUCGACAAUUGUUAUCGUCUUCUUCGUCUUGUCCAUCGGAUAUAUUGGAGCCAAGCGACUCACCGACGAGGAGAACAAAAUUCUUCAGGCUGAAUGUGGAAAGACCGCCAAAAGCUCAAAUGCCGAAGGAAUCACCGCGGAACGAAGAAAAGCUCCGUGGCUGAUCAACUACCGGAAUGGAAAUUUGAGCUGCUCAGGAGUUUUGAUUUCGAGGAAGCGUUUCUUGACCGCCCGACAUUGCCUCACGAAGAACAUCACGGACUCCCCAAGCUUUUCGGACAAAGCUUGUACUCCUCUGAAAGACUAUAUUAUUCAGCUGGAUCAACUGGAACUCGAUAUUGGCUCAUCCAUGAUCACAAAGGGAGAAGCAUGUCUUUUUGAAUACUGCAAGCUUAAAAAUCCUCAUUACGUCGACUUAUCCAUCAUCACAUUACCAACGGAUUUGGAUUUGUCAGACACCCUAAAACCAAUCUGCAUUUCCAAAUCCGAUUCCAAAUCCGGAAAUGAAGCUUCUUCUAGACCGAGCCGAGUCUUCUCGACUGAAAAGCUACAGAUAGCUUCAUCUACGGCUGAGCACAAUGCCCACGAGGCUACCGGUUGGCACACGGCAGGCACCCGAGCGGGCGAUAGUGGCUCCUCAGCUAUAGUCCAAAAGGACGGGCGAUCCUUCUUAAUAGGAAUCGUUAGCCGAAAAGUUGGAGGAUCACUUCUUAUGGAUAUUCCAUCGCAGGCAAAAAAACUUUGCAAAUUAUAUAAUAUUUGUCCUUAA